AAAUACCGUACCUUUAACAGAGCCACUGGAAAAAUGUACCAAUGAAUAGAUUCUCAAUACAAAUAUUAAAGUAGCGGGAAACUACCAAUUUAACUUCCAGAAACUAACCAAGUCCCUAACCAUUUUCUUUUCUGUGUAAACACUUUGGCUUAAAUUUGCACAAGGCAGUGUUUGUUUUGAAAUCACUUGUUCAAAACUGAGUGAGUAGUUGAGAUGGACUUUCAUGGCAUGAAGAGGAAGAGACUACAGGCUUUGUGCAAGAAACAUGGCAUCCCUGCAAAUUUGAAGAAUACGGAAAUGGCAGAUAGGCUUUUCCUCAUUUUCAAGGGAAAAGAUAUAGAAGAUCCUGUAGGUUCUGAGAAUGGUGGAACAGAGAAAGAUGUAGAAAUGAUUGAUUUGGUGAGUCCUAGCCCGGUUGUAGAAGAAAGAAGUGAUUUUUCUGCCAAGAUUUCGAGAAUUUCAGAGGAUGCAAUGUUGGGGUUUGAAACGAAUUUGUCUCUGGAAAUAACAAGGGAAGAUUUUGGAAUUUGUGGGGUUGAGGAAGGCAUGAAAAGUGAGCUCAAUAAGGAGCAAGUUGCACCUGAUCUAGUUGCUUUAGAGGAAUUUAACAACCAUUUGGUGGAAGGAGAAGUUGAGAAGUUGGGUGACCAAACUAAUCUUGUUGAAGAUGUUUGUGGAACAGGAAAGACUGGGAAUGAAACUGAAGAACAAGAGGAUAAUGCCUACAAUCCUGAAGGAUCUGAAACUGAAAAACUAGAGGAUAAUGCCAACAACCCUGAAGUGUCUAACAAAAAAGAUUUGAAUCUUUUACUGGUUUCUCCUGAGGAAUUUGGCAACCAUAUGGUGGAGGGAGAAGUUGAAAAGUUGAGUGACCAAACUAAUCUUGUUGAAGAUGUUUGUGGAACAGGAAAGGCUGGAGCUGAAACUGAAAAGCAAGAUGAUAAUGACAACAGUCCUGAAGGAUGUAGAAGAAAUUAUUUGAACCUUUCACUAGUUUCUUGUGAAGAAUUUGGUUACCCUUUGAUUGAAGGAGAAGCUAAAAAAUAUGAUGACUUUAUUUGUGUUGGGGAUGCUGUCCAUAAUGUUGGAAACGAAAGAUCUGAAGUUGAUAGUAUGCACCUUGAUUUAGAUGCCAUGGAUAUUGAUGGGAAAACUAAUGUGACUGUUGAACAUUUUACAAAUGACGUUCAUGCAUCUUGUGAAGUAAACUCUAGUGAUCUUAAUAUUCACGAAAUGGUUGCUUCAGGCACAGCUACUAAAAAUGCUGACAGGUGUGAAGCAAGAUUUGUGUCUUCACCAAAGAUGAGUAUAACCCCAGCUUUAGAGAGCAUUGGUUUUUCUCCCAAGUUGCUAAGUAAUUCAGAGACUGAAGUGUCACAGUAUGAAUCGAAUUAUUCCCCAGAAACCCUAAAAGUUGAUAUUGAAAUCUGUGAUACGAAGGAAAACAUUCAGAUUGAUGUAAAUAAGGAGCAGGUAGGUGACAAUCCGGAAGAUGUGUAUGAAGCACCUUAUGUAAUGAAAAUGAACGAUGAAGAUCUUGUGCAGGCUCCUUCAGAGGAAUUUGGAAACCAUUUGUUGGAGGGAGAAGUUGAGAAGUUGGGUGAGAAAAAUAAUAUUGAAGAUGUUUGUGAAAAUGGAAAGGGUAGAGAUGAUGCUGUGGAACGAGGUGACCACAAUAGCCCUCAAGGAUCAAACAUCAAAGAUGUAAAUGUUUUACAUGUUUCUCAACAGGAAUUUGGUUACCCUUUGGUGGAAGAAAUACAGAAAUCUGAUGGCAAUAUUUAUAAUGAUACCACGGGUACUGAUGAGAAGACCAAUUUAACUUCAGAACAUUUUGCAGAUGUUGUUCCUAAUUUUCCUUCUAGUUUUAAAUAUUCAGAUGGCACACCAGAUCAAUUUCUGAGAACUUACCCAGAAAAUGAAAUCAAAUUUAUUGAUCUUAAUAUUCAUCAAGAUAUUUGUGAAGAGGAGUUGAAAUCACCAGAAAAGCCAGGUUCCAUUGCAGAUCCAGGGGAAUGCUUUGGGUUUUCUCCCAAGAACCUUGAAGUUUCGGUGAUUGAAGGCUUUCAGGCUGAAACAUAUUUUAAUUCGAGUACACUUGGGGAUAUAGGAACUUGUAACAUGAAAGCCAGCAUCCAAAGUGACAAGAUGGAGAAAGUUGAAUACAGUAAAGAAGAUGCAAAUCUUUUACACAGAUCUAUGGAGGAGUGUAAUGUACACAUAGAACAAGGAGAAGUUACUGGGUUGUUUAACAACUCUGAUGUUCAUGAUGUUGGUGAAAAUGGACAAGACGAUGAUGCCAACAGUCCCCAAGGAUCAACACAUCACAAGGAAUUUGGUAACCCUUUGGUUGAAGGAGUUCACAAAUUGGAUGACUAUACUUGUGUUUAUGAUGCUGUUUAUGAUGUUAGUAAUGGAAGAUCUAAAGUUGAUACCAGAUGCCUUGACAGUUCCAAUGGCCCUAUCAAUAAUGAUGGGAAGACCAAUGAGAGUGUAGAACAUUUUAUAGAUGAGUUCCACUCAUCUACUUUUAAAAAUUCAGAUGGGACACCAGUUGAUUUUCUGCAAAAUGAUGCAUCCAGGGAAGUGAAGUCUGAUCUUAAAAUCCACGAAAUGGUUGCUUCAGGCAUUGUGAUUGAAAAUGCAGACACGUCUGAAGCAAACAUUGUAUCUUCAAGGAAAAUAAGUUUAAGCCUAACUUCUGAUAGAGUGGUUGUUAUUUCUCCCAAGCAGCUAAAUAAAUCAGGGACUCAAGGGUUGCUGUCUGAAACAAUUUAUUCCCCAGAAACAAAGAGAGUUGAUAUUGGAAUUUGUGAUGUGGAGGAGAACAUGCAGAUUGAUGUCAACAAGGAGCAAGUUGAUGAUAAUCAGCAAGUUAUACAUGCAACAUCAGGUGUAAUGGUCUUGAACAGUGAAGAUCUUGUGCAGGUUGCUUCAGUGGAAGCUGGAGACCAUUUGUUGGAGGGAGAAGUUGAGAAGUCAGGUCUGAUGUCUGAUUCUGAGGAAUGCAUUAGAUUUUUGCCCAAUAACCUUGAGCUUUCUGCAAAUAAAGGCUUUCAGGCUGAAACAUAUUUUGAUCCAAAUACACUUGGAGAUGCUGUGGCAACUUGCAACGUGGAAGAAAGCUUGCAAGGUGAUCAAAUUGAGAAAGAAUAUAGUGAGGAAGUGUUACAUAUGGCAAAUGAAUUGGUUCUUUUGCAGAGAUCUAUGGAGGAGAACAAUCCGGUGGAAGGAGAAAUUACAAGGUUGUUCGACUACUCUGAUGAUCAUGAAGAAAAUGGUGUAACUGGAGCUGAAGAUGACAAAAAUCAACAUUAUGUAAAGGGGGAUAUGGCUAGCUUUGAAAAUUAUCUCCUUAAUGGUUUCCAGUCUAUUGAUGAUGCCGGUGGUCAAAAUUCAGAUGAGAAACCAGGUGACUAUGUUCCAACUAUUAUGCCUCAACCAGGUGAAAUGAAGUCAUGCACUAUUAACCUUCAACAAAAUUCUGCAUCAGGCACUGUUUCUGGAGAUGAAGGUAUUAUUCAAGAGAAGUUGGAAAUAUCACCAAAGUAUUCACCAAUUGCAAGUUCAGAAGAGUAUGUUCUAGGCACUGUUUCUGGAGAUGAAGGUACUAUUCAAGAAAAUUUGGCAACACCACCUAGGUCUAAACCAACUGAGUGUGUUCCAACUAUGCCUCAACCUAGUGAGAUGAAGUCAUGCACCAUUAACCUUCAGCAAAAUUCUGCAUCAGGCACUAAUUAUGAAGAGGAAUGUACUAUUCAAGAGAAGUUGGAAACACCACCAAAGUCUACACCAAUUGCAAGUUCAGAAGACAACAAUAUUUUUUAUCCUAAGCUCCUUGAAUUAUCAAUGAAGAAAGAGAUGAAGAUUGUAAAGAGUUUGCCUGUGAAACAUGCAAGGGAUGUUCUUGGAAAUAGUGAUAUGAAAGAGAACAUUAAAAUUGCGAAGAAGGAGCAAGUUGGCUCAAUCAUUUCAAAGAGUGCAUUUCCUAAGAGGCAACCUCUACAAGAUCUUCAACAAAAUUGAACUCCACAGCCCCUGAAGCCUUGGUUUCUGUCAGCAGUUUAGUGAAUGAUACUGUUUCAAUAAUUUGAUGGUUACAUAUUUAACUCGACGACCAACAUGCUUUACAUUAUUCUAUGAGAGAAGACAAUGAUAGUUUAUGAUGACUGUUAGUUUCAAGUGUAUUUUUUAAAGCUUGAAUAGCUUUUCUCUGCAUUAACAUUGUGUUUCAUGUAACCCUUUAUCUUACAUUGGAUUGAAACUGUUACAUGAAGCAUGUUGUCAUGUUGAAACAUGUCAUAUUGAAAUGUACAUGACUAUUUGACCUGUAAGGCUGUAACGCAGAUUAGGAAUAUUUAUGGGAUGCUUUCUUUAAGAAAAA